AUGGCAUCCGCACCCGAAGCCCCGACCGCCGCCAUCCCCGCCGAAGCUGUCGGCGACGCGCCCGCCGCCUCAGGAGGCCAGAAAGUCGACCCCUGGAACGUGUCUGGAGAAGUCGGCACUGAUGGCAAGGUCAAGGCCAUUGAUUACAAGAAAAUUGUCGACGAGUUCGGAACGAAGCUGAUCGACGAUGCCCUUCUCGAGCGCUUCGAGCGCGUGACUGGUCAUAGGCCUCACCACUUCCUCCGCCGCCAGAUUGUCUUCUCCCACCGCGACCUCGACCUUAUCCUCGACCGCGUCGAGAAGAAGCAGCCUUUCUUCAUUUACACUGAGGCCAUAGACGAGAAGUUCCUCUUCUCUGAGAAGAGAACGGUCGAAGAAGUUCAGCACUACACAAGAGAAAACGCCAAGGACAUCAUUGCCAUUGGCUUCAAUCCCGAGAGGACCUUCAUUUUCUCCGACUACGACUACAUGGGCGGCAACUUCUACAAGAACGUUACGCGUGUGGCCAAGAGAAUCACCCUCAACACAGCCAAGGCCGUCUUCGGCUUCGACGACAGCUCCAACAUUGGCAAGGUUCACUUCGCCAGUAUCCAAGCCAGCUCCUCCUUCGGCAACUCAUUCCCCCACAUCUUUGGCGAUGACGAGGCGAAGACUUCCCAGAUUCCCUGCCUGAUUCCUUGUGCCAUUGACCAGGACCCCUACUUCCGCGUGACAAGAGAUUGUGCCGCCGGCCUGCGCUACGCCAAGCCCUCGCUCAUUCACUCUCGUUUCCUCGAUGCUCUUCAGGGCCCCGGUUCCAAGAUGUCGGCGUCAAUUGACUCAAGUGCCAUCUUCUUGAACGACACACCCAAGCAGAUCCAGAACAAGAUGAACAAGUAUGCCUUCAGCGGUGGCAAGGUUACCGCCGAGGAGCAGCGUGCUGAGGGAGCCGAUCCGGAUGUCGACGUCAGCUACCAAUACUUGCGCUUCUUUCUCGACGAUGAUGAGGAACUCGCCAAGAUCCGCGAGGACUACCGCACAGGAAAGAUGCUUACCGGCGAGAUCAAGAAGAGGUGCGCCGAGGAGCUGGCCAAGUACUGCACGGCCUUCCAGGAGCGGAGAGCCAAGGUGGACGAGGAGACUGUCAAUCUCUUCUUCAGCCGUCGGCCGUUGUCCUGGGGCCUUGCCGAGAACCUCAAGUCCAUUCCCAUCCGCGAGGCUACCACUGACGGCCCCGCCGAGGGUGCCGACGGCAAGAUGACGAAGAAUCAGCUCAAGAAGCUGGAGAAGCAGCGCCAAAUUGACGAGAAGAAGGCCGCCAAGGCAAAGGAAAAGGAGGCUGCCAAGGCUUCUGCUUAG